AAUUUUCAGAAGCAAAAAAAAAAAAAAAACUGCAAGAAAGAAAGGAUAAACUUUUGUACCUUCACUUGCUGAGUUUUGGAACGCAAGGAAAAGUGGUAGAAUUGUGUGUCUUUUCUUUCGUGCUUGUUCAACAUGCACAAAGUUGUUUUCCCUGUAAGUUUUCGAUGGGCAUUUUUAACAGGAAAAAAAUGCACGUAUCCAAGUCUGGCCAAGCUCCAUUUAAAUGGUGCAUUGUGCCAGAAGGAAGACAACAAAUACACCAUCCCAGAUAUACCCGAGAUGCCCUCGUGCAGUUUUAAUCCAGAGGAAUAUAAGGGGAUGUCAAAGGAGCGAAUGUUGGACAUCCGCAGGCAGAACUGCAACCCCAUGACCCUAAAAGUCACUUAUUAUAAGAAGCCGGUGUUCAUUCACCAGGGCUACAUGCAGUGGCUGUGGGAUGUGGACGGGAGCCGAUAUCUAGACCUGUUUGCUGGUGUGGCAACGGUCAGCGUGGGCCACUGCCACCCAAAAGUUCUAACCGCUGCGGAGCAGCAGCUGAAAAAGCUUUGGCACACCACAAAUAUCUACAUCUACCCAACUCUUCAUGAGUAUUGUGAGAAACUCGCCUCCUACUUGCCAGAUCCCCUAAAGGUGAUCUAUCUGACCAACAGUGGCUCUGAAGCUAAUGACCUCGCAAUGCUGAUGGCCCGGCUCCACACAGGCAAUUAUGAUAUUAUCACUUUCAGGGGUUCAUAUCAUGGUGGAGGCCCACAGACUUUGGGUCUCACCUCCAAUGCUGCAUAUAAAUACCCCGUUGCCAGUGGAUUAGGGUGCACAAAUACCAUGUGUCCCGAUGUGUUCAGAGGUCCGUGGGGAGGAAGCAACUGCAGGGACUCUCCAGUUCAGACAAUCAGAGAUUGUAGCUGUGCUCAAGGUCAUUGCAAGGCGAAUGAGCAUUAUAUCGAGCAGCUCAGGGAGACAUUGGCUACGAGUGUCCCAACUAGAAUUGCUGGUUUCUUUGCAGAGCCUAUUCAGGGAGUUGGAGGAGCGGUGCAGUACCCCAAGGACUUUCUCAAAGAAGCUUACAGACUUGUAAGGGAGAGAGGAGGGAUCUGCAUUGCUGAUGAGGUCCAAACAGGAUUUGGGCGAACAGGAAGUCACUUCUGGGGUUUUCAGGGCCAUGACAUUAUUCCCGAUAUGGUGACGAUGGCAAAAGGGAUCGGCAAUGGAUUCCCCAUGGGAGCUGUUGUUACAACACCAGAAAUUGCAGCCUCAUUUGCCAGGGGAGUACAUUUCAACACCUUUGGAGGGAAUCCUGUGGCUUGUGCAAUGGCUUCAUCCGUGCUUGAUACCAUUCAAGAAGACAAAACGCAGAAGGUGAGUCUGGAUGUGGGAACAUAUCUAUUGAAGGAGCUGGCGAAGCUGAGAGACAAGUACGAGAUCAUCGGGGAUGUUCGUGGAAAAGGCCUGAUGAUCGGGGUGGAAAUGGUCACAGACAAGACCAGCAGGACGCCGCUGCCUUUGGGGGAGAUGGCUGAGAUCUUUGAAGAUGUCAAAGAUAUGGGAGUUCUUAUUGGCAAAGGAGGACUUUAUGGACAGAUCUUCCGCAUCAAACCUCCAAUGUGCAUCACGAUGGAAGAUGCAGACUUCUUCUUGGCUGUUUUUGAUAAAUCCCUCCACAACCACAUGAAGAAAAGAUGAAGAAGGGCCUGCCUUUUCAAAGAAAUCACUGUCAGUAUUAUUCAUAGCUAGCUUUUAAACUGAUACUAAAAAAUGACAACAAAAAAGGUCAUUUAACUGUAGUUUAAUAGCAAGAAUUGAUUGGUGUCUAUCAGUAAUGACAUCUAAAGCAUUUUCACACUUGACUUUGUCCAAUUCUAUUUAAUCGUGUCAUUUAGAUCAUGCUAUCUGAAUAUUAGUCAACAUUUGUAUGGUUAUCAUGAGGUUCAAUAAAGAAUUUAUUGUAUUUUACAGUCACUUUGUUCAUCCCACAACGGCAAUUUCAACUUGUUUUCUCUGAAUAAAAUUUCUUGUGUCUAGUU